AUGAGGACGCGUUCGCAGUUAGCUGUAUGUCACGUAUUCGCUGAAGUCGCACACAACAAUCGCGGUGGGGACGUGGACAAAACCACACAACCGAAGUGUACAACACAAACGUCCGGACGUGACAAUGUUCAAACUACUGGAUAUCAUCAAGUUCCAUCCAACCGAGAUAGACCGCCGAUUCGUUGGUCGGAUUUGCAACUUGGUAAUAUCCCAGCCCUCGUGCUUCCUUCGGGUGGUAUGGCAGUUAGGCACCGAAAGGGUGUUAAAGCUGAACAAUUGACAGCCAGCAGGCUUAGGCAACCUGGCAGUAGCCCAGCCCUCGUGCUUCCUUCAUCGUGGCAGGCAGCUAGGCACCGAAAGGGUGCUACAGCUGAACGAUUUAUAUAUUAUUUAUUUACAUCGGUUGUAAUGUAUAUUCAGGCGGCAUACGCAUGCGACCGAGGGCAACCUGGCAGUAGCCCAGCCCUCGUGCUUCCUUCGGGUGGCAUGGCAGCUAGGCACCGAAAGGGUGCUACAGCUGAACGAUUUAUAUAUUAUUUAUUUACAUCGGUUGUAAUGUAUAUUCAGGCGGCAUACGCAUGCGACCGAGGGUUCGUUCACCAAGUAGUAUCUGUGUGCGGGAGAGGGAUGAAUGCUUUUCUGGAUAACUGUCAGAAAAAAAGCUCGGUGUCUCGUCCCGGGAUUGCCGUUCGGCUGAAGGACAGUUGGAGACAGUUGACUAGUGAGAGUUUUCAUGGUACGCUGCCAACUCUGAUAGCCUCGGGGUCUUUACAACCUGAUAUAUAG